GCCCACUCCCCCUCCGGGCUUUCGCCCGCCCUCUCCGUCUCUCUCCCUCCCAGCUUCGCCCGCCCUAGCCCUAGCCCUGCCCCUGCCCCCUCCUCUCCACCCCUCCGCGCCCGGGGUGUCAUUGGACGGGUGAGACGCAAGCCAACUUCAGGCUGCUCCGAGGAAACCCGUGCAGUCACCUGGGUGCAAGAGCAUUGCUGCCUCGGGCUCUCCCGCUGCAGGGAGAGCUGCACUCGCUGGCCUGGAUGUGGUUGGAUUUAGGGGGGCUCCGCAGCAGGGGUGUCGUGGCGUUGGCGAGCGCUGCAACAGGUAGACGCCGAGAGACGGACCCCGGCCGAGGCAGCUAUGGAGACCAAAGGCUACCACAGUCUCCCUGAAGGUCUAGAAAUGGAAAGACGGUGGGGUCAAAUUUCUCAGCCUGCAGAGCGUCCUGCCCUGGGACCCAUACCCGCGGAGCAGCCCGAUGAGAGUAACUACAUGGAGAUCGUCAACGUGAGCUGUGUCUCCGGUGCUAUUCCAAACAGCAGUACUCAAGGAAACAGCAAAGAAAAACACGAACUACUCCCUUGCCUCCAGCAAGACAACAGUCGGUCCGGGAUUUUACCAUCUGAUAUAAAAACCGAGCUGGAAUCAAAAGAACUUUCGGCCACGGUGGCCGAGUCCAUGGGCUUGUACAUGGAUUCCGUGAGAGAGGCCGACUAUGCCUAUGAUCAGCAGAACCCCCAGGGAAGCGGGAGUCCAGCAAAGAUGUAUCAGAAUGUUGAACAGCUUGUGAAAUUUUACAGAGAGAAUGGCCACCGUCCUUCCACACUGGGGGGUGCGAGCAGGCCCUUGCGGUCCUUCCUGCCCGACUCUGGGGGCUCUGUUAAUGGCGGGGUCACGCGCAAUGUGGUGAAGAGCCCCAUCCUGGGGCACGAGAAGGGCCCGGCAGUUUGCAGCCCUCUGACCCUGUCAUCCUCGGGUUGCAGCCCCGCCAGCAUCAGCUGUGUGUCCUCCACUUCAGCCAGCUUCGGCGGUUUCCCUGUGCACAGCCCCAUCGCCCAGGGCACCCCUCUGCCAUGUUCCCCCAAUGUGGAGACGCGGGGCUCCAGGUCUCACAGCCCAGCGCAUGCCAGCAACGUGGGCUCACCUCUCUCCAGCCCAUUGAGUAGCAUGAAAUCCCCGAUUUCCAGCCCCCCGAGUCACUGCAGUGUGAAGUCUCCGGUCUCCAGUCCUAAUAAUGUCACUCUGCGAUCCUGCGUAUCCAGCCCUGCAAACAUCAACAACUCAAGGUGCUCCGUUUCCAGCCCUUCCAACACAAACAACAGAUCCACCCUGUCCAGCCCAGCCGCUAGUACUGUGGGGUCUAUCUGUAGCCCCGGAAGCACCGCCUUCAGCUACACUGCUUCGGGCACCCCAGUGGGGUCCAGCGCAGCCCGAGAUGUGGUUCCCAGUCCAGACACCCAGGAGAAAGGUGCUCAAGAGGUCCCCUUUCCUAAGACUGAGGAGACAGAGAACGCCAUCUCCCAUGGUGUGGCUGGCCAGCUUAACAUCGUCCAGUACAUAAAGCCGGAGCCAGACGGAGCCUUCAGCAGCUCAUGUCUGGGAGGAAACAGCAAAAUAAAUUCUGAUUCCCCCUUCUCAGUACCAAUAAAACAAGAGUCAACCAAGCAUUCAUGUUCCGGCACCUCUUUUAAAGGGAAUCCAGCGAUCAACCCCUUUCCAUUCAUGGAUGGCUCAUACUUUUCCUUUAUGGAUGAUAAAGACUAUUAUUCUCUAUCAGGAAUUUUAGGACCACCUGUGCCGGGCUUCGAUGGUAACUGUGAAGGCAGCGGGUUCCCCAUGGGGAUAAAACAAGAACCGGAUGAUGGGAGCUUCUACCCAGAGGCCAGCAUCCCUCCAUCUGCCAUCGUUGGCGUGAAUUCAGGUGGACAGUCCUUUCACUAUAGGAUUGGUGCUCAAGGUACAAUAUCUUUAUCACGAUCAGCUAGAGACCAAUCUUUCCAACACCUGAGUUCCUUCCCUCCGGUCAAUACCUUGGUGGAGUCGUGGAAAUCACACAGUGACCUGUCAUCGAGAAGAAGUGAUGGAUAUCCGGUCCUAGAAUACAUUCCAGAAAACGUAUCAAGCUAUGGUGAGGACAAGGCAGAGAACCCAGCACCUUUGGUCAGAUGCUCUACUUUACGAAGUGUUUCUACUGGAUCCUCAAGACCUUCCAAAAUAUGUUUGGUGUGUGGGGAUGAGGCUUCAGGAUGUCAUUAUGGGGUAGUAACCUGUGGCAGCUGCAAAGUGUUCUUCAAAAGAGCAGUGGAAGGUAAAUGUUCAUGGCAACACAACUAUUUGUGUGCGGGAAGAAAUGACUGCAUAAUUGAUAAGAUUCGGCGGAAGAAUUGUCCUGCCUGCAGACUUCAGAAGUGUCUUCAAGCAGGAAUGAAUUUAGGAGCUCGGAAGUCCAAGAAGUUGGGGAAGUUAAAAGGGGUUCACGAGGAGCAGGCGCAGCAGCCUCCACCCCCACCCCCGCCGCCCCAGAGCCCCGAGGAAGGCACUACAUACAUCGCGCCUGCGCAGGAGCCCUCGGUCAACUCGGCGCUGGUCCCGCAGCUCUCCACGAUCUCCCGAGCGCUCACUCCUUCCCCUUCUAUGAUCCUUGAAACCAUCGAGCCCGAGAUUGUAUAUGCAGGCUAUGACGGCUCCAAACCGGAUACGGCCGAAAACCUGCUCUCCACCCUCAACCGCUUGGCCGGCAAGCAGAUGAUCCAAGUUGUGAAGUGGGCGAAGGUACUUCCAGGAUUUAAAAACCUGCCUCUUGAGGACCAAAUAACCCUCAUCCAGUAUUCUUGGAUGUGUCUGUCGUCAUUUGCCUUGAGCUGGAGAUCGUACAAACAUACAAACAGCCAGUAUCUCUAUUUUGCACCAGACCUAGUCUUUAAUGAAGAGAAGAUGCACCAGUCUGCCAUGUAUGAGCUCUGCCAGGGGAUGCACCAGAUCAGCCUUCAGUUCGUCCGGCUGCAGCUCACCUUCGAGGAAUACACCGUAAUGAAAGUGUUGCUGCUGCUGAGCACAAUUCCAAAGGAUGGCCUCAAAAGCCAGGCUGCGUUUGAAGAAAUGAGGACAAAUUACAUCAAGGAGCUGAGAAAGAUGGUAACGAAGUGUCCCAACAAUUCUGGGCAGAGCUGGCAGAGGUUCUACCAACUGACCAAGCUUCUGGACUCCAUGCAUGACCUGGUGAGCGACUUGUUGGAAUUUUGCUUCUAUACCUUCCGGGAGUCCCAGGCCCUGAAAGUGGAGUUCCCAGCGAUGCUGGUGGAGAUCAUCAGUGACCAGCUGCCAAAGGUGGAGUCCGGGAAUGCCAAGACCCUUUACUUUCACAGGAAGUGACGGGAGACGUCUCACAAGAAGAACUUUGCCUUAAGUUUCCCUGUGUUGUUCCACACCCAUGAAGGACCCAAGAAAAAUCCUAUUUUUGACACACAUGAUGGUUUAUUCCCACUUGUUCAGCAGUUUCUCAAGUUGAAAAUCAUGUCAAGGGUUGGGAGGUGGGCAGGCAGGGUGACAUGGCUUUGGCGAGACCUGCACAGUCUGGAAGGUUCUUCCUUCUCCAACCCCCAGCGCUUAGAAACAUGUUCCUGUUCCUCUGGAUGAAAAGCCAUAUCUAGUCAAUAACUUUGAUUUUGAUAUUUUAACAGAUGGAAGUUUUAACUAUGCCAUGUAGUUUCUGGGAUCGUUCGCUUGUGUUAAAAGGGUUCAAGGACUAACGAACUUUUUCAAGCUCACCCUUGGUUUGCACAUAAAAAACGUAUAGUCAAUAUGGGGCAUUAAUAUUCUUUUGUUAUUUAAAAAAAACAAAAAAAGAAAAAAUAUAUACAGAUUCCUGUUGUGUAAUAACGGAGCACGUGGAGUGGACUGGCAGCUCCCACAGGGGUGCGUCUUCACCCACGUCUUUCUGCAUCACUGGUAUCCACACCCUCUCCACUUAUUAUUUAAUUAGAAUGGAUAAGAUGUUCAGAAAAAUGCCUUGGUUUCAAUUUCUAGUAUCUAUUGUGUUGGCUUUACAGAUAAUUUUUGCAGUCUUUUGCUGUGCUGUACAUUAUUGUAUGUAUAAAUUGUGAAGGACCUAAAAUAAGGUAUAAGGAACUUUUGUAAAUGAGACACAUACAAAAAAAAAAAACUUUAAUGGUUAAUAGGAUGAAUGGGAAAGUAUUUUUGAAAGAAUUCUAUUUUGCUGGAGACUAUUUAAGUACUAUCUUUGUCUAAACCAACAAGGUAAAAAAAAAUUUUUUUUUGUAAAGUGAAAUGUUCUGCAUGCAUCAUGAACCGUUUACAGUGUAUUUAAGAAAGGGAAAGCUGUGCCUUUUUUAGCUUCAUAUCUAAUUUACCAUUUUACAGUCUCUGUUGUAAAUAACCACACUUAAACCUCUUCGGUUGUCUCUAAGCCUUUCUACUUCUGUACUUUCGUUUCGUCCUUGGUCUCCCGCUUGGGGUGUUCGUGGGACUUGAGUGCAUUUUCCGGCUUCGGCUCCAUCCUCCUUCCAGUGGGGACGGCGCAGCGUGGUGGUGUCUGCAGCUCCUUGAAGGCGUCCUUCAAUGACACCCCUGUAAGAGGAUGUCCCAGGAGUGCUGCAGCUUUAGGAAAGCUGCCUCUUUCCCCUCAAGAAGCGGAAUCCGCUUUAGGAGAGAGACUGGAAAGGCUGUGGCUCAGAGUGAGCAUCCUCAUCCCAUUUUAGAAAUUGAAUUUCCUCCUUUCAGGGGGGCGGGGAAAAAUUCCAUGCACUCUCUAUGUCUGCAAAAGGUGAAAUGUUCACUUCCAGUCCCGGAAGGGGGUGUUGCAGUCCUGGAACUGGUCACAGGAAGACGUAGGUCAUGGCAGGGGGCCCUUGGAAGAUGCCCCUGGGCACAGCUCAGUCAGAGCAGCGUGGAGACCGCAGGACAAUUAGAGGGUUUUUAGAUUUUUAAAAGGUAGGUUUUAAAAAUAAAAUUUUAUAUGUAAACAGUUUUGGAAAAAAAAAAACACUACAGAUCAUAAAAGCAAGACAGUGGCACUAAAAUUUUUAAUUCACUAAUCUGUUUGGCACUGAUGCAAUUUAUGGCUUUUUCUCUUGCCCCAAAUCACAAACAUAUAUAUAUAUAUAUAUAUCUUUGGGGAAACUUAAUAUGAUUGCACUAAAUAAACUACUUUGAGUAGAGGCCAAAUUAAUCUUGGAAAAGUGAUGAUAAUCAUCAGGUACUCAGUGAAAUCUUAUUCUUUUCCAAAACCUAAAAGCUAGAGCUGGGGAACCCCAAGGCCGGGAGAUGGCAGCGCUGGGAUCAACCCUUUUCUCCAGGGUUCACCAUGCAGGCAACAUUACCCUGUCUCUCAGAAGACACCUGCCUUAUGCAAGGGGAAACCUGUGAAAGCUGCACUCAGACAGAGGAGUUUUUUCUUACAUAAUUUGCAAUUUCAGGAAUUUAAUUUAUAGGCAGAUCUUUCAAUACAGUCAACUUACAUGCACAGCAAUAUGAAAGCCACACUUGGAAGGUGAUAAAUACACCGCAUGCAGACUGGGGGUUUCUGGGAAAGAAAUGGCUUCAUAAGAGCAGCUUUUAGCUCAGACUGACUUUUUAUGAAAUCAGAAUUUCGACGUAACCGGGUUUGGGAUGGAGACAGUCUGCAUCAGCUUUUUGUAUUAACAAAGUUACUGACUCUUUGUGUGUCUCCGGGUAACUUUGCUUGAGUAAACAGCAAAGCCAUAUUCUAAAUCCACUGUUGAAUGCCUGUCCCAGUCCAAAUUGUCUGUCUGCUCUUCUUUUUGUACCAUAUUGCUCUUUAAAAUCUUGGUUUGGUACAAUUCAUAAUUCACCAAAACUUCUUCAUAUAAUUAAAAAAAACACACUAAAUUAGUUUAAAAUGAAGCAAUUUAUAUCUUUAUGCAAAAACAUAUGUCUGUCUUUGCAAAGGACUGUAAGCAGAUUACAAUAAAUCCUUUACUUUAAUCA